UCGAGUCGAGUCGAGUCAGUCCGAUUGAGCCCUCGGUGCUACUAUGACGCGCCGCCUGCACGGAACACGCCGGUCCAGUUGCACAUUAAAUUAGACUGCCGUUCCUGUUUGUUCUGUGUAUUUACAAUAUCUCCUUAUCUUUAUUGGCUGUGUACAAACGUUUUGGACUGCACCCGUGCUCUUCUUAAUAAAUCAACUUUCCUAGAAGUCGGAGUGAGGUCCAGCAUGCUGCUGCUGGCGCUGGUGGUGGCGGUGGCGCGCGCCGCCGCCGCUGCGGAUCUGUGCUCGCUGCACCUCAUGCCGUCCAACACCACCUACAUGCAGUUCACGAAGGAGCCUAUCCCGCUCGAGUACGGCUUCCAGGGCCAGUUCAAAAGCAUCCACUGCUGCGUUAAAGGAUACAGAAGUAUUGAAUGGUUCAAGGACGGCGUACCGUACCCCUGGCCGGCCGGGUUGUCCAACCUCAUCCUGUACCCCGAGGCAGGCAACCAGACGCUGUACGUGCGACGCGCCGCGCGCUCCGACUCCGGCGAGUACGUCUGCCGCGUGUCCAACCAAACCCACUCGCAAGACCACCUCAUCAACCUGCAGAUCUUCAGUAGAGUUACGAAUGCUCCGAGAACAAUGUACGUGAGCAAAGAUCAAUCGGUGGAAGAGGGCGCUCCCCUUCGCCUGUUCUGUGAAGCUCUGAUUGAAAAUACACACCUGGCCGAUGCAAUCAGCGAUUUGAAAUGGAAGAGAGUUUGGCCGAAUGGAACCGAAGGGGCUUUGCUGCCUACUCAAAGAGAAAUAAACACAUCGCGGGAGGACGUGCCGAACAUCUACGGUUCAUAUCUACUGGUGGACCGCAUGUCGCCGGAGGACUACGGCAAGUUCGUGUGCGUGACGCACAGCAACAACGUGCCGGUGCGCACGUUCGUCGUCGUCAGCCCGCCGCUGCCGCCGGAAGCGCCGUGGCAGGUAGAUUCGGUGCCGUGGCGCGCGCUGGCGGUCGGCGGCGGGGUGCUGACAUGCCUGCUGCUGGCGGCUGCCGUGCUGCACCGGCGCUGCACGCCGCGCCUGCGGCUGCUGGCGCGCCGCGCACGCGCACUGGCCACCACGCCUGCUCAGAGAGCUCGAGUGCUGGACAAGGAGUUCGAUGUCCUGGUGUGCUGGACGCCCGUGGACCGCGAGCUGGUGCGCGGCGCGCUGCUGCCCACGCUGCAGCACAAAUAUAAGUACCGUCUGCACGGCGUGCAGGUGCCCACCGAGCCCGACAACUGGUACUAUGAGCUGGAAGGCGAGUGCGCGCGGUGCCGGGCGCUGGUCGCCGUGCUGUCGCCCGCGCAGUACUCGCCCGCGCAGCUGCUCACGUGCCUGCGCCAGCUGCGCGCGCUGCCUGUGCCCCCUGUCGUCGUCCUGCUGCAGGAUCUGCCGAACCUCAAACGCGAAGCCAAAGAUUCAGGAGAAACUUUGGUGAAUAUUUUGCGUCGCACGCGCCUGAUCCCCUGGCGCAGUUUGCAGGACCGCGAGUUCUGGACGCAGCUGCGGCUCGCUCUGCCGCUGCCGCCGCCGUCGACGCCGACCACCCCGCAACACACUUUCCAGAUCCUGAUCCAAGCUGAAAGUGACUACAAUACGAAAUCCCGAUCUGGUAGUCUUACAGCUCUCGUAGUGUAAACUAUCGACGAGGCCCAAAAGAAUUCCAAGCAAGCUGCGAAUCGGGUGGACUUCGACCAACGGAACUAGCACUACAAUGAACCAAAUUUACCUAGUGUCUGUUACUUCUUACUUGUUCUCGAAUAAAAAUAUUCAUAUCGGGAGGCUAGGAUAAUAUACAUCCAUGAGCAAAGGAAUCUGCAUAAGUAGUUAUAAGUUUACAGAAUUACUAAUCGAAUUGACUCAUAGCAAUGCUUGUGAAUGAAUCUACUUAGGUAUGUAACAUUUUAAGCCUAUCAUGUCACUGUCUAUUAGUUUUACGUAUACGAUGAUAACGCCCUUCUACCUACUUACUUUUUGAAAGUUAUUUGUGGUGAGGGUGAAGUGAAUAUUUAAGUAAUUAAUUUAUUGUCUAAUUAAUCAAGCCGUCUCAAUAUUAUCUAAACGGUCCAAAAAUGUGGCUGCUGAUAUGCCAUGCGUGAUUCGUGAUGUGUCGCGAUUGUGGUGUCAUUCCAUUUAAUCAGGUUAAUAUUUCUGUAAGUAGUGUUUAGAAACUCUAUAGAGUACAGUAAAUACAGUUGAACUGAGCUUCACUUUGUCGGUAUUAUAGACAGUUUUCAAAGAUCUCUAUGUAGGUAAUCCUAAUAUCAAUUAAAGCACUUGCGUAUAUUCAUUAGUAGGUACCUAGGUGUACCAAUAAAAUUAGAUACAUGCGUAAAUGUAUUAUAGAAAUAAAAACGUUACUAUGUGCCAAAAAUUUCGACAUUUUACAUUAUUAUAAUAUCUUUACAGUACCUAUAUAACGCAUGAGUACGAAAAUUUUCGAUUUUUUUUUAUAUUUCUUAGAAUCGUUGUGCUACAAGUUUUUGAACUUACCAAAAGACUGAAUUUAAGAUAUCACAGGGUAAAAUUCAAUAGCUAUCCGUCGUCCGGUGGCUCGUUCACAUCGUACACAAUUUUAUUGUACCUAAAGCAACCAUAAAAGGACAUUUUAUUUUUAUUUACUAAAUCAAGUAUUUGCUCAAAAGUAUUCAGUUGUGUUUAUUUCGUGUGCACGACAAAAUUGAUCCCUUUUAUUAUCUCUCUCGAAAUUGAAAUAUGUUGAAUUGUACCUAUACUGUAAGACGUUGUUUUUGUUUUAGUUAUUUUAUUUAGAAUAAUUAUGUGUAAGUAUUUCACUAUUGUAAUGUAGGUAAAUACCUAGAAGGUAGGCAUACCACAAUGUCCAAUAACUCAAUGACACAUGUUUAAUCAUUAGAUAUUCGCUGUACCUAUUAAAGUGUAUACAUGUAUGUAAAAUUCCCUUUUUACCUAAAUAUUAAAUAUAUUUAUUGUAAUUUCGGUCAUAGAUACAUUGACCCUUUCCGGAUUUUGUAGCAAGACUGUUUAAGUUCACAGCCUACCAACACGUAAUUUGUACACUCCGAUUAUGUAAGCAGCAAUUUACAAUACAAUAAGUACCUAUACCUACAGCUCUUUAGAUCAUUGCAUGGACCUUUACAAAUCACAAUAAUAGUCUAUCAAUAUGUAUUUGGUGUACCGUGUACCGGUGUUUUACAUGCACGAGUGCAUGUUUUGCCAUAGGUACGAUAUUAUUAUAUUUUCGGAAACUUUCCUAUUUGUCGUGCUACUUCAAUCAAGUUCAAUCCUUUUGUACAGUCGAGUUCAGAAAUAUGGGUACAUUUUUUACUUUCUUGCAACGAGUUAAGGUUAAGUAACCUGUUAAAGAAAUGCACACAUAUCUAUGAACUCUACUGUACCUACUUAUACAACGUGUGUAUUCCAUACGGGCGAAUAUAUGUUUUUUUUUAAUAGGUAAGAUAUUUUUUUUUUCAUACAUAAUAAUUCAGCACGCAGUGUAUUAUGUCCACAUCAAUUAGUGUACCUACCUAAACGUCAUUACAACAUGACGUUAUGUCAUGUCAAAUUAGGUUGGACAGCGUAGAUUGCUGCUUGGCCAGAUUUAAAAAAAUAAUUAGGUACUCUUAAACAUUUUUUAACAAAAUGUUAUCUUAUUACGAUUCGUAUGAUCGGAUACUAUAACUGGAUACAUUAUUCGCCCGUAUGGAAUUCACACGCUGUAUGUUUUGUAUGAAUGUCUGCAAUACGAUGGUAAAACAUCAUUCGUCUACAUCUGUAUUUUUUUUCAGUUCUGAAGAGUUCUGUAGAUUAAAACGAAAAUUGCAUAAUCAAUACUUAUAUUUUGUAAUUAAUUGAAAUGGAUUUACAAACAUUUAUGCUUCGCCAAAGGAGGGUUCUUGUUUACUGGAAGUGUGUGUCCAUGCACGGAUUAUAAUAUGUUUACGAAUAGGUGUGUAUACAAAACUCUAAGGUAGACUUGAAUUCGUUAACCCCUCGAAUGCCUUAUCCCGUAUCCGUCAUAGACAAUUUGGUCUUUAAUGAACAAAUGAAAAGUUAUUAAUUGAGUAGCAAAUUUCCGACGUCGGCAUUCCAGGGGUCGUUUUUGUAUCAAUUAUAUGAAGCGAGUCGUUGAGAAAAAGCAAAUAA